CGAGACGCCUGCGGAUUGGCCGCCGGGCUACGGGUGCUCGGGUAGGACGCGCCUCCCUCCCGACUUUCCCGCCAGCGGCGGCCGCGCGGGUGGACGCGGUGGAUGCGGUCCCUGUAGGUGCUCAGAGUGGUGGACCGGUCGGGCCCGUCAGCCUCCAUCAUGUCGCGACAAAGCACCCUGUACAGCUUCUUCCCCAAGUCCUCGGCGCUCGGCGCCACUAAGGAGGCCGCGGCCGGGGCCUCACGCAAAGAUGCCGCCGCCUGCGGAGCCUCCGCUUCCCGCGGCCGGGAUGCGGCCUGGAGCGAGGCUGGACCUAGGUCCCGGCCCGCGGCGGUAUCUGCCUCCCCAUCGGAGGCAAAGGAUCUCAACGGAGAGCCGCGGAGGAUGGCCGCGCCGGCGGCCAUGCCCCCCAGUUCCUGUGACUUCUCACCAGGUGAUUUGGUUUGGGCUAAGAUGGAAGGUUACCCCUGGUGGCCUUGCCUGGUUUAUAAUCAUCCCUUUGAUGGAACAUUCAUCCGGAAGAAAGGGAAAUCUGUCCGUGUUCACGUACAGUUUUUUGAUGACAGUCCAACAAGGGGCUGGGUUAACAAAAGGAUGUUAAAGCCAUAUACAGGUUCAAAGUCAAAGGAAGCCCAAAAGGGAGGUCAUUUCUACAGUUCAAAGUCUGAAAUCCUCAGAGCAAUGCAGCGUGCAGAUGAGGCCUUAAGUAAAGACAAGGUUAAGAGGCUUGAGCUGGCAGUGUGUGAUGAGCCUUCAGAGCCAGAAGAGGAGGAAGAGGCAGAGGUGCAUGAGGCUUACUUAUCUGAUAAGAGUGAAGAAGAUAAUCAAAACGAGAGUGAAGAAGAAGCACAGCCUAAUGUUCAGGGGCCUAGGCGAAGCAGCCGGCAAGUCAAAAAGCGAAGGGUCAUCUCGGACUCUGAGAGUGACAUUGGUGGCUCUGAUGUAGAAUUCAAGCCAGACACUAAACAAGGAAGCAGUGACGAAGUAAGCAGUGGAGUUGGGGACAGCGAUAAUGAAGGCCUAGGCACCUUUGGCAAAGGUGCUCCAAAGCGGAAGAGAACCAUGGCUGCUCAUGGUGGACUUAGAAGGAAAAGUUUGAAGAAGGAAACAGGCUCAGCCAAACGACCAACUCGCAUUCUGUCAGAAACCAAGAGUACCUUGAGUGCUUUCUCUGCCCCUCAGAAUUGUGAAUCCCAAACCCACGUCAGUGGAGGAGGUAACGACAGCAGUGGACCCACUACUUGGUAUCACGAAACUUUAGAAUGGCUUAAGCCGGAAAAGAGAAGAGAUGAGCACAAGAGACGCCCUGAUCACCCUGAAUUUAAUUCCACCACGCUGUAUGUGCCUGAAGAUUUCCUCAACUCUUGUUGUCACACCCCCUUUGGCAAGCGGCUCUUAAAACAGUGGCUUUGUGCCCCCCUCUGCAACCCUUCUGCUAUCAGUGACCGUUUAGAUGCUGUGGAAGAUCUCAUGGCUGUGCCUGACAAAGUCACCGAAGUUGCAGACCUCCUAAAGAAGCUACCAGAUCUUGAGAGGCUAUUGAGUAAGAUUCACAAUGUUGGGUCUCCCCUAAAGAGCCAGAACCAUCCAGAUAGCAGGGCUAUAAUGUACGAAGAAAUGACAUACAGCAAAAAAAAGAUCAUUGAUUUUCUCUCUGCUCUAGAAGGAUUCAAAGUAAUGUGUAAAAUUGUAGGGCUUAUGGAGGAUGUCGCUGAUGGUUUUAAGUCUAAAACCCUUAAGCAGGUUGUUACUCUACAAACAAAAAGUCCUAAAGGCCGUUUUCCUGAUCUGACCACAGAACUGAACCGAUGGGAUACAGCUUUUGACCAUGAGAAGGCUCGAAAGACUGGAAUCAUUACUCCAAAAGCAGGGUUUGACUCAGAUUAUGACCGAGCACUUGCUGAUAUAAGAGAGAAUGAACAGAGCCUCCUGGAGUACUUAGACAAACAGCGUAGUCGGAUUGGCUGUAAGAGCAUAGUCUACUGGGGAAUUGGCAGGAACCGUUACCAGUUAGAGAUUCCAGAUAAUUUUGCUACCCGUAAUCUACCUGAAGAAUAUGAGUUGAAAUCUACUAAAAAGGGCUGUAAACGAUACUGGACCAAAACGAUUGAGAAGAAAUUAUCCAAUCUUAUAAAUGCUGAAGAACGUAGGGACACAUCUUUAAAGGACUGUAUGCGGUGUCUGUUCUAUAAUUUUGAUAAAAAUUACAAGGACUGGCAGUCUGCUGUAGAGUGCAUUGCAGUGUUGGAUGUCUUACUGUGCCUGGCUAACUAUAGUCAAGGAGGAGAUGGUCCUAUGUGUCGCCCAGUAAUUCUGUUACCGGCAGAAGACACACUUCCCUUCUUAGAGCUUAAAGGUUCACGACAUCCCUGCAUUACAAAGACUUUUUUUGGAGACGAUUUUAUCCCUAAUGACAUUCUAAUAGGCUGUGGGGAAGAUGCAGAGGAAAAUGGCAAAGCCUAUUGUGUGCUUGUGACUGGACCAAAUAUGGGGGGCAAAUCUACACUCCUAAGACAAGCUGGUCUGUUAGCUGUAAUGGCCCAGAUGGGUUGUUACGUACCUGCUGAGAAGUGUAGGCUCACACCAGUUGAUAGAGUGUUUACUAGACUUGGUGCCUCAGACAGAAUAAUGUCAGGGGAAAGUACAUUUUUUGUUGAGUUGAGUGAAACUGCUAGCAUACUUAGGCACGCAACAGCACAUUCUUUGGUACUUGUGGAUGAAUUAGGAAGAGGUACUGCAACUUUUGAUGGGACAGCGAUAGCCAAUGCGGUUGUUAAAGAACUUGCUGAAACCAUAAAGUGUCGAACACUGUUUUCUACACACUAUCAUUCAUUAGUAGAAGAUUAUUCUAAAAAUGCUUGUGUGCGCCUAGGACAUAUGGCAUGCAUGGUAGAAAAUGAAUGUGAGGAUCCCAGCCAGGAGACUAUUACUUUCCUCUAUAAGUUCACUAAGGGAGCUUGCCCUAAGAGCUAUGGCUUUAACGCAGCAAGGCUUGCCAAUCUUCCAGAGGAGGUUAUUCAGAAGGGACACAGAAAAGCAAGAGAAUUUGAGAGGAUGAACAAGUCAUUACAGCUAUUUCGGGAAGUUUGUCUGGCUAGUGAAAGGCCAACUAUAAAUGGUGAAGCUGUCCAUAGACUGCUGGCUUUGGUUAACGGACUGUAGACUACAUUGAAGCUGUCCACAGGUUGCUGGCUUUGGUUAACAGAUUGUAGACUACAUUGCAAGCUGGGUUGACUUUUGAAAAAGCUGGUAAAUUCAGACAACAUUAUGAUCUAAUAAACUUUAUUUUUUAAAAAUGA